AUUUUUUUUUAAAAAAAAUUAACUCAUUAAUAAAAAUUACUAGAUUUACCUUGAUUAAAUAUAUCUUAUUUUUAAAUGAAAAAUAGUAAUAAAUCGGUAAAAGUUAUGUCCUACACGGAAUCGAAGAAAGGGUUAUAUGAGUUAUCCUAAAAUUAAAAACAAAUUAAAAAAGGAUUAAACUCGCUCAAAUUUAAAAGAUGAAAAAUAUAAAAAAAAAAUCAAAUUAAAACUUAUAAAAGAGAAUAAAAAAAAAUUGAUCUGCUCAUACGUCGUUUGGAAAGUCGUUUUAAGCGUUUUGUUUUAAGGAAGAAGCUGGUAAAAGUGUUGUAUGAUGUAAUUCCGUUAAUUUAAAAAAGAAAUAGUUGAAUUAAUGAAAAAUAAGAAAUGAUUUAACGGUAUUUGAAUUUGUUUUAGAAAUGCAUGAGGGCGGAGAAGAGUGGAUGAAUAUAGAGAGAUGCAUGGCGGAGGUUGAAGAGAAAGAAAAAGAAGGAAUGAGCUAAAUAUAGAGAUAGUAAUAGUGAAACGUGAAAGUGGCCAGAGAAUGUGAAGAGAGAGUUGCUGAAAAACAGGGAGAACAGAUCAGAGUACUUGAGAUGCGGAUCUCAACUCAGGAAGAGGUAGAAACCUCAGAGAGUAUAUAAGAGAUGCGAUAAUAUGUUUUCAAUGGUUGGAGAGUGUGAUGUAUGUCUGUGUAUGAAUGUAUGCAUUGAGGGAGAAGAAGAAGAUGAUGAUGAUGAUGAUGAAGAUGAGUAGUGCGCGUGUGUCUUACUGGACAAUGUUGCUUCUCUUCCUUGCAAUGCUGGAGCCCUGCCCUGUGGCGGCUUUCGACAUAACCAAACUCUUGUCGGAAUAUCCCUCAUAUUCCUCAUUCUCCGACUACCUCAAGCAAACGCAACUGACCGACGCAAUAAACGCCAGGCAGAGCGUGACGGUGUUCGCGGUGGAUAACACCGCCAUGGCUCCUCUCUCAGGGAAAUCAAUCCACCACAUAAAGACCAUCUUGAGCCACCACGUCGCGCUGGGCUACCUGGAUCUCCACCAAACUCAAACCAUCAGCGCCACCACGCUGUCGCAGGACGAGGGAGUGCUCCUCAAGAUCAACAACGGCGACGUCACCUUAGUGUCCGCCGCCAAGCCAAACGGCGUGGCCAGAGCCAAACUCAUAAAACCCCUCGCGGCAGAAUCCGAGAAGCAGUGUAAUAUUUCGGUGGUGCAGGUAAACAGCCUCAUGAUAAACACCAAUCCGGAGGCUAUAAUCCCAAAGUCACCUGUGCCGGUGAUAUCACCCGUACCGGUAAUCAAUCCGAUUCCGGUCAAGUCACCCGUGCCGGUCAUUUCACCCGUCCCUGUAGUAUCGCUUGUUCCAACACCUACACCAAUUUCCACCGAUAUUAUAUCACCCGUUCCUGUAAUCUCCCCCGUUCCGGUCAAGUCUCCCGUCCCGGUCAUAACACCCGUCCCUGUAAUCUCACCGGUUCCGGUCAUCUCCCCCGUCCCGGUCGUAUCACCCGUCCCAAUAAGCACUCCUGUUCUGGUUAACCCUCCGGCGCCGGCAGUCUCUCCCGCCAUUCUGAUUAAACCCCCGGCUCCAGUAAUGCCACUGGUGCCGGUAACUUCACCGGUUCCGGCAGUAACACCUGUGAGAGUGCCGGUGCCUGUGCCUGUGACAGUCCCGGUGCCAGUAAUGACACCAGCAGCUGGCAACGAGGUUGGGAGUCCCGGUUCUGUGGGUCCAGGUGAGGGCAAUUUCGGUCCAUAUAAUGGGGGUGAGAUUGAUGCCCAUGGUAAACCUAAGUCAGGGGGGGUUCUGUUUAGCGUGAAUUGGUCUUUAGCUAUUUUGCUUGCUUUCUCCUUUUCACUAUUUAUUAAUUAUGAGUAUUGAUGAAUGAUUAGUGUGAGCGUUCCAGCAGUAGAUAUAGGAUUAGGACAAGGACAAUUAAUUCAUUCCUUUCUUUACCUUCUUUCUAUUAUUCCUGUAAUGUUUCUUAACUGUAUUACAUGCAUGCAUUGCAGAAUAUAAUACUUUAAUUUCUUUCUUCUUGCUUCUUCUUCUUGGAUCUUUUGGAUCUUGUACAUUUUCAUAACAUGUUUCUGGUACAACGUUUUGGGUAAAUGGAUGGAACUAAAAGCCUUCGUUUUACCAAAAGCCUCAGAGUGUAUCGUGUCAAUGUUAGUUUGCCUCCUUUUGAUAGAAGAAUUUCGGUUUUAAACUAUUCUUUUCAUAAUUCAUGUUGCAUCAAAAAAUCUGAGGUCACUCUUGCAGCCUGUCUUAAUCACAGCCAUGUUAUAACAAAGAUUAACUGAAAGUUUGUCCACGUUAAAUCUCAUUACAUAAAGAGAUGCCUAUCAUUACAACAAGAAAUUAAAUUUUGGGAGCAUUUGAAACAAGAGCUUGUAUAAAGCUCAGAAAAGCAACUCAUGACCUUCUUAAUUGAAUGUUUUUUCAACUUAUUUUCAUGAACUGUCUAUUCACGUAUACCUUUUCUAUUGAAUACACAUUUGUACGUGCCACUUUCAUAUGAUUUAAAAUUUUGAAACAACUUGUAGACUAGCUAUCAUAACCAGGUUGUCCAUUAUAGCUUAUCAUAACCAAGUCUCGUCUUAAUUGUACCCAAGUCUCUAUGACAUUGAUACGCAUUUCUCCUCAGGUGCUACCAUUUCUUAUUUACCAAUGAAAAUAUUACCUUCAGCCUAAACUUUUAAGGACGGUUAGUAGUUAAAACCAAUCAGUUUCGAUUUAAACUGAGGUGAAGAUGAU